AUGACUGAUAUUUACUCAAAUUUCCCAAACUCAGAACUUCCACUAAGCGAAGAAUAUGAAGACUUAUUUGCUGCAUUUGAAAGAACAGGGUUGAAUGCCAUGGAUCUUCUUUCUAUGGAACCUACUGAAAUUGCACGUUCGUGUAACAGGUCUGUUGUUGAAAUUCGCAAGUUUCUUGCAGGAAUGGAGCGUGACAUUCGCGCAAGUUUAGCUUCUGGUCCAGAAACUGCUGAAGAUUUAUUAAAACGCCAGUAUGAUGUUAUCAACAUAGAUGUUCCUUUUGAAGAUAUGGGAAUUUCUAAUCCUGGGUCUAAUACUACCUUAAAUGAUGUUAUUGGUGGUGCUGCUUAUCGCGGCAUUCCUCUCGGCACUCUAUCUGAAAUAGUAGGAGCUAGCAGUGUAGGUAAAUCGCAUGUCCUGAUGCAGCUUGCAGUUACUGUACAACUACGUUAUAAAAAAAGGACAGCGAUAUACAUAUCAACCGAAGGUGGCGGAUUGGAAACCCGCAGAUUACAAGAUAUUGUGAAGCGGGUUUUGGAUCAAUGCAACGCGCGAGGACAAACAGUUAGGGGAAGAAAAAUAAGCACAGACAAUGUACAUACAUUUACUUGUUUUGAAGGUGAGGAACUAUUGCACGUUUUGAAAUACCAGGUGCCUGUGAUCAUUGAUCGGUACGAUGUCGGACUGGUAAUAAUUGACUCUAUCGCAGCACAUUUCCGUGGUAUGAGUAAAAAAAAUCUUCGCCAAAACGAAAAUAAAAAUAAAACAAAUUGGAACAGUUCGACUGAUGAAGAGGGUAAUUACCAGCUACUUCGAUCUGUUACAAAAUGUCUUAAAGAUCUCGCAAGAACCAAGCAAAUUGCAGUGGUUGUUGCAAAUCAAGUUGCUGACCGCUUUUGGAAACGAUUUAAUUAUUCCUCUGAAUUUGCACCUUCAGAACGCAAUCCCCAUGCAGCAGAUUUUAAUAAUAGCUUAUCAUCAUUUGCUAUAUCAAGUCGUGGAAUUGAAGCAUUGAUGGCAGAGCACCAAGUACGCUGGUAUAGUGGCUGGACCAAUAUCUGUUUAAUGGCUCAAGGUGUCCCAAUUCAUCACUCUGAAGUAGCUAAAACCCCGCCACUCAUUUUGCAUAAUAAUAUACCAAAACUACCUCCACCACCGCCUAUUAAUGCAACUCGCAUUUCUUCUGCUAGCGAAGUUUUUCGAAAAUCUUUGCAAGAGUUGGAAGAGCAGUCUUUAGGUUCUCAGUCGCAGAUACCUAGUAGACCUGAAACAACUGCCACAGAAGAGGAUUCAAUUCAUCCAGUUCCAGCAAAAAAAAAUUAUGGAACUACAGCAGAAGAAAUGGGAUUUCAGCAGAGCUUUGUCCAUAUGUCAAUGGAAGAAAGAUUCGAGGAUUUUGAUGGUGAAGAGGGUUUAAUUGCCUGCACUGCUGUUGUACCGUUAAGUGACGAAGAUGAAGAUGAUGAAGACAAUGAAGAUAAAAAUGAAGAUAAAAAUGAAGAUAAAAAUAAAGAUAAAAAUGAAAACGAAAAUGAAAAUGAAAAUGAAAACGAAAACGAAAACGAAAAUGAAAAUGAAAACGAAAACGAAAAAAAUAAAAAAAAUGAAAAGGAAGAUAAAAUUAUUGAAGUUUCUCCCGAUACCCAUUUAUUUUCCAAAAAUGCUCAAAACGAUAAUUUUUUGAGAGCCGAAACUACUGUGGCCGUUAAGAUUGAUUUAACGAAAACCAUAGAAGAAGAGAGUAAAACCCCCAUAUCGAGUCCAAAAGAAGAAGAAUCUACAAGAAUGAUAUUCACUCAAAUUAACCCGACUGGAGAUGCCCCGAAAAUAAAAAGAAGGCGUAUUUUAUCUGUUCCCUCUAGUCAGCAAUUGCAACAAUCACCCAUACAUUCAAAUGCUAGUCAGAUGUCUUCUUAUGCCACAUUUAUUGAAAACGAUGAAGAAGGGCUAAGUCCGGAUUCCCCGAACUCAAAAAUGGACACUGAGCCCAAUGUUAACCCAAGUAAUCCUCCUUUGGGGCUCUCAUCCUAUUUUAAUGCCAAUGAUCCAGCUGUUCACACUAAUAACACUGGAAAGGUACCUGCUUUAGGUCUUUUCUGGGCAAGUCAAAUUGACCAGCGUAUUGUAUUGAAAAAAUCGCCUGAUGGUCGGCGGUAUCUACAGGUUGUUUUUUCUUCCUGGACAGAUGGUAAUCGAUCUGUGGAGGAGGCCGAAGCAGAAGAAAUGCUCUUUAAUUCAAGUAUAAGGGAUGAUGAUGAUUUUUUAGACAAAAAUCCAGAUCCUUUUGUGACAUUUAACCCAAUGAUAGCGGUUGACCCAAGUAUAGAUCCAACAAAGGACGUUGUUGAGUUUGAAAUCUACGAAGGUGGCGUGUGCGCCAAAAAAUGA